AUGCCUUCCUCAAGGCUUGUUGGGGCCAGUAGCCUUUUGCUUGCUUUGCUGCCCGUGACAGCUUCUGCAGUCUCUUACUCGUAUUCUUUGCAAGACACCUAUGCUGGAAGCAACUUCUACGACGGCUUCAACUUCUUCACCGACCCGGAUCCGACCCAUGGCUUUGUCCAGUAUGUGGACAAGCCUACAGCCAUCAGCAGCGGUAUUCUCGGCUAUGGCCAGGGCAACACUGCCAAGUGGGGUGUGGACGACAGCACAGUACUAUAUGCCAACUCGACCGGUCGUCAAUCGGUACGUCUCGAGGGCAACGUCAACUACAACCACGGCCUCUUCCUCGCCGACAUCAAGCACAUGCCUGGCUCCAUUUGCGGUGUAUGGCCUGCCUUCUGGACCCUCGGCGACUCGACCUGGCCCGCUCAUGGUGAACUCGACAUCAUCGAAGGCGUCAAUACCUUCACCACCAACCAGAUUGCCGCCCACACCGCCCCCAACUGCACCAUGAAGUUUCAGAACCAGACCGGCUGGGCCAAUGGUAAUGAUUGCGCCGUCAGCACUGGUGGCGCGGCUGGUUGUGCAACAGGCUCCAACGACAACACGGGCUAUGGUGAUGGCUUCAAUGCAAAUGGCGGUGGUGUCUACGCCAUGCAGUGGACUUCCGAGUUCAUGAAAGUGUGGUUCUUCCCUCGCAACGCCAUCCCGGCUUCCAUUUCCUCCGGUUCUCCUUCGCCCGCCCUUGACUUUGGAACUCCCGUCGGCAAUUUCGAUGGCAGUAGCUGCGACAUUGAUUCCCACUUCAUCAACCACCGCAUGAUCUUCGACACUACAUUCUGUGGCGAUUGGGCUGGAAGUGUGUAUUCUGCUACGUCUUGUCCUAUGGCUAGUGAUGGUGGCAAUGGGUGUGUCAACUAUGUGGCCAACAACCCGAGUGCAUUCAAGGAGGCAUAUUGGGAGGUCAAUUACAUCAAGGUGUUUUCCGAGACUGUUGUUGCCGACCCGACGAGCUCGAGUUCGUCUGUGAGUUCGACAAGUAGUUCCACGUCGUCGACGUCCUCGUCGAGCCUUUCUACUUCGUCGACUUCUUCUAGCAGUGCAAGACCUUCAUCGACCUCGUCAACCUCGUCAACUUUGUCAAGCAGCAUUCGCUCAACCUCGACAUCGUCUUCCAGCAUAAUCAAGCCCUCGACAUCGUCUUCCAGCAUAAUCAAGCCCUCGACGUCAACAUCUUCCAGCAGCAUUCGCUCCAGCUCAUCAUCAACUUCCUCCAAGCUCUCAACCAGCACCUCUAGCACGAAGCCCUCGACCAGCACCACAAGCACAUCCAGCACCAAACCUACCACAAGCUCAUCAAGUAGCAAACCAGUCACCUCCUCGACCAAACCAGUCUCCUCCUCUUCAACCAUAAAACCAACCACCUCCUCGACUAAACCAAUUUCAACCUCCUCAUCCGUCAAGCCAACAACAUCGAGCAAGUCUUCCAGCAUCAGCUCCUCAUCCAAGAGAUCCACCACCAUUUCAACCUCCUCGACUCGUAAAUCUAGUACCUCGAGCAGUUCCAGCGCAAAAACCGUGGUUACGUUAAGCACCAAGAAUGCCGGGAUCACUGUGAGGAGUACUGCUGUUGUGAAGAGCUCAAGCAGCAGUAGCAAGAAAAUCACUUCCUCGACGAGUUCCUCGAAGAAGACAACUUUCACCAGCACUUCUUCGAAAAAGGCCACUUCCACCAGCUCCACAAAGAAGUCUAGCAGCACCAGCACCAGCAGCAGCAGCACCAAAAAACCCAGCACGUCUACAAGCAGCACAAAGAAAGCUUCCACUUUGACGACCAGCACUCUCAAGCGCAGCACCACUUCUUCUAGUUCUUCCAAGAAGCCCACUUCUACUUCUUCUACCAGGAGAGUGUAA